CUGGUUUCACCCCGCCCUCCUUUCAAGAUGGCGGUGCUUGGUUGUGGCGCGUCCGGCCUCCGGGCCAGGGGUCAUGGCUUGCGUUUGGAGAGUUUCUUCCCUGUCGUCUCAAAGCCAUUUUGUUCAACCGCUGCUGCGUCUAGGCCCCUGGAUGCUCAACGAUUAGCGGAGAAGCUCCGAGCCCAGAAACGGGAAGAAAAGCUGAAGGAGCGGGUGCCCACAAACCCUGUUCAGCGGAGGGUGCGAGAGUUAGUGCGGUUCACACAGCAGCUGCAGCGAGUCCACCCGAACGUGCUUGCCAAGGCACUGAGCCGAGGGAUCCUCCACCAGGACAAGGACCUUGUGGUCAUCAGCAAGCCCUACGGUCUGCCUGUGCACGGUGGCCCUGGGGUCCGGCUGUGUAUCAGUGAUGUGCUGCCUAUCUUGGCAAAGAUGCUUCGCGGCCACAAGGCAGAACCCUUGCAUCUGUGCCACCGGCUGGACAAAGAAACCACAGGCGUGAUGGUGUUGACUUGGGAGAAGGAAGUGGCACAUCAAGUCCAAGAGUUGUUUCGAACGCGUCAGGUGGUCAAAAAAUACUGGGCCAUCACUGUGCACGUCCCUGUGCCCUCGGCAGGAGUUGUGGAUAUUCCCAUCAUCGAGAAGGAGGUGCAAGGCCAGCGGCAACACCACAAGAUGACACUGUCCCCCAGCUACCGCAUGGACAAUGGGAAGAUGGUGAAAGUGCGCAGCAGCCGGAGUGCUCACCUCGCUGUGACUCAGUACCAGGUGCUCAGCAGCACUCUCUCCUCUGCCCUCCUGGAGCUGCAGCCCAUUACUGGAAUAAAACAUCAGCUUCGGGUUCACCUGUCUUUUGGUUUGGAGUGCCCAAUUCUUGGUGAUCACAAGUACUCAGACUGGAAUAGGUUGGCUCCCCAGAAGCUGCCUGGUGGCACCCUGAAGAAGCUGGGCCUGGAGCAGUCGAAGGCCCGCCACAUCCCCCUUCACUUGCAUGCCCGGCAGCUGAUCCUGCCUGCCCUGGGGUCCAGGAAGGAAGAACUCAACUUGACCUGCAAACUUCCUCACUUCUUUGUACGUUCAUUGAGCCGCUUGGGCUUAGAAAUGCCAAAUCAGGAUCAAAAUGACAAGUGAAGCUGGGCGUCCGGGAGCACAGUGAAAAAGACUGUUCAGUUUGAGCUCUGCUGUUUCAUGGACUCCGUUAACUUCUCACUUGAAACAGACUCCAGAAGAGGCAGGCCGGGAUAAGUUGAAGAAACCCGGCUGCUUCACGGCUUUCAGUGGAGAGCAGUCUGUUUCCCGAUAGCCUGGCCACACUGUGGAAAAGCCUAAGGCCUGCUGGAAGUCUCCUUGCCAAGACGGAAGAGAGCUGAGAGGACAGAUCGGGGUGGUCACCGGAAAAGGAGAGCUGAGGGGCAGAAGCUGUGGUCAGAAAUGGUUUUCAGCCAGCAGGCAAGCCUGUGAGCUGUCGGGCGGGUCUCCCGGUUGGAGAGAAUGUAGUGGCUGAGCGCCUGUCAGAACCCAGGCAUUCUGCCCGGCUGCAGUAUGAGUACUGAUUGCAUGAGGGAACUGUGAAGGGUGAUUGGGAGGGCGUGAGGUGGCAUGUUUGGUGAGCAAGGGAAGCAGAUGUGAGUGGCAGGGUCUGAGGCAGUGUGGGGACCCUAACCCGAGGGACAUGCCCAGAACCAGUGUUAGCUCCAGCCAGUUGUUGCCAUGUGACAACAGAUUUUCUCAUUUUUUCUGGAGACUCAGGGAGCCCAGAUAUUUACAUGGGUGUUUCUCCCAGUGCAUUGUCAGUUACAUAAAAAUUUGAAACCACUGCUUGGAAUGCCCACAUUCCAUAGCCAAAAGCCUAGGUUUCAGUCUCAACUGUUUCCCAUACCAGUUCAAGUACCUGCCACGUAUGUGGGAGACCAGGAUUGAAUUACAACCUCCUGACCAUCCCCAAUAGUGGGUAUCUGGGAAGUGAACCAAUGGCUGAAAGAUCUGUCUCUGUCUUUCAAGUAAAUAAAAAUAUUUAUUUUUAAAAAUUAAUUUUAAAAAUAAGUAUGUUUGAAAAUCAUUUUUGCUUAUAAAUAUUAAACAUCUUUUAAAAAUUAGAACAUUUAAUUAAGCACACAAUAGGAACCAUCAAACAUCAGGUGCUAGAGUGCACUUGUAAUUAGUUGCCAUCUGAGUAUUGGUGAAGAGGAUCUCACCACUGCCCAGCAUUGCCAGAGAGAGGGACCUGUACUGAGGGCAGAGUGGGGUUUUUGGCCUAGUGGUGAAGAUGUUUUUUGGGGUUUCCACAUUCCACAUCCGUAGUGCCUGAGUUCAGCUUCCAGCUUCACUCCUUAUUCCAGCUUCCUGCUAAGACAAAUGCUAGGAGGCAGCAGGUGAUGGCUCGAGUAAUUCAGUCCCUGCCACCACAUGGAAGACCUAGAUUGAGUUUCUGAUUCCUGUCUGGCUUGGCCCAACCUUGGCUGUUGUGGGCAUUUGAGGAGUGAACCAGUAGAUGGAAUAUCUCUGGCUCUCAAAUAUAUACAUAGAUUAAUAAAUAAAGGUAUGUGGCAGAGGAGCGGGCAUUAGACUUACUCAGGCAGUUAAGGUGCCCUUGGAAUACCUGGGUUCAGUUCCUGGCUGUAGCUCCUGAUUCCAGCUUCCUGCUAAUACAGAUCCUAGGAGGCAGUGGUGAUUGCUCAAGUAAUCGGGUUUCUGCUCCCCUAGAAGUCCUAGAUUAAGUUCCUGGCUCCCAGAAUAUCCCCUGUCCUGCCCCAGCCAGUGUGAGCAUUUUGGGGAGUGAACCAGCUGAUGGAAUCCCUCUUCCUGUCUCUCAAGAAAAAAGUGGCAGGGCCAGCGCUGUGGUGCAGCGGGUUAAAGCUGCAGCUUGCAGCGCCGGCAUCCAAUAUGGGCGCCGAUUUGAGUCCAGGCUGCUCCUCUUCUGAUCCAGCUCUCUGCUGUGGUCUGGGAAAGCUGUGGAAGAUGGCCCAAGUCUUUGGGCCCCUGCACCCAUGUGGGAGACCCAGAGGAAGCUCCUGGCUCCUGGCUUCAGUUCAGCUCAGCUCUGGCUGUUGCGGUCAUUUGGGGAGUGAACCAGUGGAAAGGAAGACCUUUCUCUCUCUCUGGCUCUACCUUUCUGUAACUCUGUCUUUCAAAUAAAAGUGGCAAGUGUGUCUGGGGCCAGGUGUCAUGUUGAGGCUCCCGAGGUGAUCUGGUCUGCAAACAGAUGCUCUGGAUAUGCAAGGAUGACGUGGUGUAGAAUCUACUGUCAGGCUAGGCUCUUAGGUGCAGUACAGAGGCAACAGAGGUGGGACCCAACCCUCCCUGAGUUUGGAGCAUUGUGGGGUGAGGCUGGGGGACCCAUGGUGUGCAGGUGCUGGGUGCAGAUGUGAGUAGGACUCUUGUGUGUUCAGAAGUGAACAUGUCUCAGUUGCUCAGAACAGGGGUCAGCAAUGAUGCUCGGAGAAGGGCCAGGUAGUAAAUACUUCAGACUUUGCAGGUCACAUGAACUCUGUCGAAAGCUCUUCAGAUCUGGCACUGUAGCAUGAAAGCAGCCAAAGAUACCACGUGAAUGAAUGAGCAAGACUGUGUUCCAGUUUUAUUGAUAGGCUCUGGAACUUGAACUACAUAACAGUUUUCAUAUGUUAAACAUGUUAAUCUGCCCAGACUGCUAUAGGAAAGCCACACACUUGGCUUCACCAACAGACAAUUUGUUUCCUAGAGGUGCGGAGGUAGGAAGUCCAGAAUCAGUGUUGUCAGGUUGGGUUUCUCCGGAGGCCCCUCUCCUUGGCUUGCAGAGAGUCACAUGUGCUUCUCUCUACACACAUCCCUAGUGCCUCUUCCUCUCGUUUGGACAGAUUAAAGCCUCACUGUUAUCACCUCA